UGUUCGAUAUAUAUUUCCAAACCUUGUUAUGUAGAUAUUUGGAUAGAUUUCAAAUAUAUUCCUGUCAAUAUGAGUCCUUGUUCCCCUGAAAUAAGUCAGUCAUUUGUUUGGAUUUAUACUGCUGAUGAUCAGAAUCAAAUCAACUCGAAUUUGUGGUCCGGAAUGGACGUAAAAAGGAACACUUUGAGAAGUGAAUUUAUUAGCGUUGAAGACAACCAAUUUCUAUCUGGAUCAUUAAACUACUUCAGCCAUGAAGAUCCUGUCCCAUGGCCAUCAAAAAAUGUCGGAAAACUAAAUUAUAAGGCAAUUGAAAUGUCGAUCGAUAUAUUUAAUGUUACCAGUCUCAAGAUAAUAGGGAAACGUCUUUUUAUCCCGAUAACUUGUGGUUUGCGAGUAAGUUAUUUAUAUCAUCCAUUUUUUUCCGUUACUUGGGGAUCAAGAGGGACAUCAUUGGCAUCGAUGUUUUAG